ACCAAAAACGACUUGUUAAAAACAUCGUUAAACAUAUUUUUGAAGCUUCAUUGCAUGCUUGAUUAAUCUCGUGUAUAAUGACAAUGACGACCACGAAAUUGGUGCAUCCAGCGAAACCAUACGCUAUGACAAGCGAUCCUGAAUCGUUUGCAUACGAAUGCGUUGUUCGGAGAUGGCCUACCAUGCUAUCUAAUGUCAUUGACGAUAUUUCCCGUCAUGUAUCAAAGGCGCUUGAGGCCGGAAUGUCUGAAAACUCUUCUUACGUUACUCAGGGAAAGUCCAUUAUCAAUUUGCUGAGCCAACUCAAAUAUGACAUGCAGCACAACCGUCCUUUGAUACACCUUGAGGGAGACAAUUCCGAUUUGGAGGAUUACAAUGAAGAAUUGACUCAGUGCGGCCCCAUGACUUGGGGUGACGCUCCUUGGCUUUACUCCGAAUGUUACUUUUACCGAAUGAUGAACCUCUUUUUACAAGCUCACUCGGAAUGGAAACGCCAUGAUCCCUUUUUCGACCAGAAAGAUUCCACUUUAAGAUCCAGUCACGUAGCAGUUGAGGAUCUGGCUGUCCGAUAUGUUAAUCUCGAUCACGAACUAGAUGCUCUCAAAAAGCAUCCCAAUCCCCAAGCAGCCUACAUGAUCUUUGUUGAAAUGGCCCAAGUUGCCUUAUGGGGUAAUGCCACGGAUCUAAGUUUAUUGACAAAUUUGACGUAUGAAGAACUCCAACAACUUCAGGGCCGGAAGGCUGUGGAAGAAUCUCAAAAAAAUGUUUUGGUGAAUGACUUUCCAAAGGUCUGGGAAAAGCUUCAAGAGCAUCCAGGUGGACGUGUUGAUUUUGUGUUGGAUAAUGCUGGAUUCGAGCUCUAUGUUGAUCUUGUAUUUGCAGCUUACCUAUUGAAAGCUAAAAUUGUUGACACAGUUAUUUUGCAUCCAAAGGAUAUUCCUUGGUUCGUUUCUGACGCUUUGGUGAAUGAUAUACCUCAUGUCUUUACUUCUUUGACAACCUACUUCUCCGGCGAAAGUAUUCAUCAACUUGCUUCCGACCUUCAAGAGUUCCAUGCUGAAGGAAAAAUUUUGAUUCGCCCCAACUGUUUUUGGACCACCGCUCAUUAUUUCGGUCGUAUGCCUGAGUUUGCUCCUGCUUUAGUGGAAGAUUUGGCAAAGUCAGAUAUGGUUAUUUUCAAAGGCGAUUUGAAUUACCGCAAGUUGACUGGUGAUUGUGAGUGGCCCAAGACAACUCCCUUCGAUGUUGCUCUUGGUCCCCUUGCUGGCAAAUUCAACAUUUUAGCUCUUCGUACAUGCAAAGCUGAUGUUGUUGUCGGUCUCGAAGAAGGUGUUUACGAAAAGCUCUCUGAAAAUAUGCCUCACUGGGAGCGAACAGGGAAAUAUGCUGUUGUUCAGUAUUGCCCAAAAAAGUAAACACUCUUCCAUCUGAAUUCAUAUGAUCUAUGACUCUUAAAACCUCUGUAAUUUGUUCAAAUGUACUAUAAAUAAUGACAAGUCAGUUAGUUUCAAUGAAAAAUACAUAGUCCCUGUAACUGAUAUCGUACUACC